UGGCCCUCCAUCUACUUCCGGGUCCCCGUCGCCUUCCUCCGGACGCGGGUCUCCGUCGUGGGUGUCAGGAACCAUGGAGAAUGCUGACCAGAAGGUCAGAGAGGACUCUCCUCAGGCCCAGGUGGCAGCUCAAAGUGGCCCGCAGCAGGUGCCCCAGGAGGAACCAGGGCAGCUUCUGUAUCACGAGGAGACCAUUGACCUCGGUGGAGAUGAGUUUGGAUCUGAGAAUGAGACCGUAUCAGAAGAUUCCAACAACUUUGUAGACAAGCUUAACGAGCAGAUGAUGGAGAGCGUCCUCAUUUCUGACUCUCCUAAUAACAGCGAAGGUGAUGCAGGUGACCUUGGCUGUUUGCAGGAUGUUGCGGAACCUGUAGAAGGCAGCAGUGAUCAUAGACUGGCCAGCAUUACAGAGAAAGAAGAAAUGGACCUUCUGAAUAGCACCAGUGGAGCUGAUGACGGCCAUACGGCUCAGGACACAUCCGACAUGACCCCUGAUACCAGAGCUUCUUUGAAAGAAGAUUCCACACAGGAAGAGGUUAAAGACAUCCCCACAUUUGGGGAUGCUAGCACAGGAGAUCUGCUACCCAGGGAUGAGAACUCUCAGCCCGAAGAACAGGUUUCAGAAGUAUCUUCCAGUCAGUCCUCUUCUAAAGAUGACCCUGUGCCUGUGUGUACCAUUUUCAGCCAGGGGAAUUCAACUCCUUCCCAGCAGCACCUGUUUCUGCAAGAUGGCUUUGAGUCUCAAAUGGUGAAAUCACCAAGCUUCAGCAGCGCCAGUGAGGCCUCGGCCAAGACCCCCCCCCAGACGGUCCAGCCCAGCCCCAGCUUGAGUCAGUUUUUUGGUGACACGAUGAACACUAACUCCCUGGCCUCAGACUUCUUCGACUCUUUCACCACUUCCACUUUCAUUUCUGUCAGUAAUCCCAAUGCCGGCUCUUCAGCUCCAGACACCUUAUCUUCACUCUCUGCCCCUGAGGGAGAAAACUCACCUGACUCUGCGGACCCGUCUUACUCUACAGGUUUGGAAAGAUCCGAAUCUGGUGUUUCUACGUCUUCUUUGGAAAUCCCUGAGUCUCCAAAACCGUUCUCACAGAUGCAGGCCGUGUUUGCAGGGAGCGAUGACCCCUUUGCCACAGCCCUGAGCAUGAGUGAGAUGGACCGAAGGAACGAUGCAUGGCUUCCCUGCCAGGGAACCAGAGAUGUCCUGGCCUCAGUGGCAACCCAGCAGUACAGCACUGUGUUCAUAGACAAGGAGAACCUCACCAUGCCAGGCCUCAAGUUUGACAACAUUCAGGGAGAUGCGGUUAAAGACCUGAUGCUUCGCUUCCUGGGCGAGAAGGCAGCAGCCAGGAGGCAGGUCCUGAACGCCGGCUCCGUGGAGCAGUCUUUCGUGGGCCUCAAGCAGCUAAUUAGCUGCAAAAACUGGAGGGCAGCUGUGGACCUGUGCGGACGCCUCCUCACAGCCCACGGCCAAGGCUACGGCAAGAGCGGGCUGCCCACCAGCCACACCACCGACUCCCUCCAGCUGUGGUUUGUGAGGCUGGCACUGCUGGUGAAGUUAGGCCUUUUCCAGAACGCCGAAAUGGAAUUUGAGCCCUUUGGAAAUCUGGACCAACCAGACCUUUAUUACGAAUACUACCCGCAUGUGUAUCCAGGACGCAGGGGCUCGAUGGUCCCCUUCUCCAUGCGCAUCCUUCACGCGGAGCUGCAGCAGUAUCUGGGCAAUCCACAGGAGGCCUUGGACAGACUACACAGGGUCAGGACAGUCUGCAGCCAGAUCUUGGCCAACUUGGAGCAGGGUUUUGCUGAGGACGGAGGCAUGAGCAGCCUCACCCCAGAGAGCAGACAAGCAUCCAUUCAGCUGUGGAGGUCCCGUCUGGGCCGCGCGCUGUACUCCACGGCGAACUGUCUGCUGCUGAUGAAGGCUGCAGACACAAGCUGCCUUCCCAGCACCGCCUCCUCAGACAGACAGACUCCCACCAGCUCCACGCCAGGGCCCCACCCCCACACCGUGAGGGUGCGACUUUCCUAUCUGACUUGCCAACCGAGUGAGCAGAUGAUUUUGUCAACGCAGAUUGGAGACAUCAAAACCGCUGAGAAGUAUUUUCAAGAGGUUGAGAAGGUGGCGCAGAAGCUGGACGGACUGCAGGGUAAAACCAUGGUCUUGAUGAACAGAGCCUUCCUGCACCUCGGCCAGAAUAACUUUGCGGAAGCCCACCGAUUCUUCACGGAGAUUCUGAGGAUGGACCCCACCAACGCAGUGGCCAACAACAACGCCGCCGUGUGUCUGCUGUACCUGGGGAAGCUCAAGGAGUCGCUGCGGCAGCUGGAGACCAUGGUGCAGCGGGAGCCGGGGCAGCGGCUGCACGAGAGCGUGCUCUUCAACCUCACCACCAUGUACGAGCUCGAGUCCUCGCGGAGCAUGCAAAAGAAGCAGAGCCUGCUCGAGGCGGUGGCCAGCAAGGAAGGAGACAGCUUCAACACCCAGUGCCUCAAGCUGGCCUAGCCCGCGGCCUCCGGCGCCUCUCCUGGAGGCCGGGGCCUUGGACCUGUCGACAGGAGCGCGUGCGUUACUGCCACCGGCACACUGAAGGCAAGCCUUUCUCCUGGCACGCGGGUGGGCGAGUCAGCCAGCGGCCGCCCCACCAGCCAAGGGGGCACUCGGAGAGCACAGGCUGGUGGGCUCAGCCUGGGCGUGUAGCAUGAGUGUAUCGUUCAUGCCUGAAGUCAGGUCAGGA